GACCUCGGAGACUCCAGAUUGCUGGUGGUCGGAGCUUUUGAAAUUAGAGAACUUUCACCGUCAUUUGGGAGCGAGGAUUUCACCGGAUGCGAGAUACGAACACCCUAAUCACACUUAAUCCAUUAUUGCUUAAACUUUUAUCCUAAUUGCAUGCAUUGUUCUUCCUUCUCGGAUUUCAGUUUUUCUCUGAAGGACGCACUUUAUCUUCUCCAACGUUUCUUCAACUCUUCAAACCAGAUUAAGCAGAUUCACACUGUCCUCUUUACCACCAACGCAUUGGUCGCUUCGAGAUGGAAGACAAAACUCGUCUACAACACUCUCAUUCGAUCUUAUCUCACUACAGGACAAUACAAGACCUCUCUUGCUCUCUUCACCCACAUGCUUGCAAGCCAAGUCCGACCAAUCAAUCUCACUUUCCCUUCUCUGAUCAAAGCAGCUUGUUCAUCUUUCUCUGUUUCUUGUGGGGUUGCCUUACAUGGCCAGACUCUUAAACGCGGUGUUCUAUGGGACCCAUUUAUUCAGACUUCAUUUGUUCGAUUCUAUGGUGAAGUAUGCGAUUUGAAUAGCUCGAGGAAGAUGUUUGAUGAUAUUGUAGACCCUUGUGUUGUAGCUUGUAACAGUUGGCUUGACGCUUGCGGAAGAAACGGAGAGAUGGAUUUUGCUUUCGAAUUAUUUCAGAGGAUGCCUGUAACUGAUGUGGUUUCUUGGACUACUGUUAUCAAUGGGUUUAGUAAGAACGGGUUGCACGCCAAAGCUGUAAUGCUUUUCGGUGAGAUGAUACAGAAUCAGCGUUCGGUAAUAACACCGAAUGAGGCUACUUUCGUUAGUGUUCUUUCUUCGUGUGCUAAUUUGGAUCGAGGAGGUGUUCACUUGGGGAAGCAAAUUCAUGGAUAUGUUAUGACGAGAGAGAUCAUCCUCACUACUUCUUUGGGUACUGCUUUGCUUGAUAUGUAUGGAAAAGCCGGUGACUUGGAGAUGGCAUUGACCAUUUUCCAUCAAAUUUGUGAUAAAAAAGUUUGCGCUUGGAAUGCAAUAAUAUCAGCUCUUUCCUCCAAUGGUAGACCUAAGAAAGCACUACAGAUGUUUGAGAUGAUGAAAUCAACUAACGUGCAUCCAAAUGGGAUUACUCUACUUGCAGUACUCACGGCCUGUGCUCGAUCUAAACUUGUGGACUUAGGUAUCCAGUUGUUCUCUUCCAUAUGUAGCGAGUACAAAAUCAUUCCAACGUCAGAGCAUUACGGUUGCAUUGUUGAUCUCAUAGGCAGAGCUGGACUAUUGGUUGACGCAGUUAAUUUCAUAAGAAGUUUGCCAUUCGAGCCUGAUGCUUCUGUUCUCGGAGCUCUUUUGGGCGCUUGCAAGAUUCAUGAAAAUGCUGAAUUAGGAAAUAAAGUAGGUAAACAGCUUAUCGGACUGCAACCUCAACACUGUGGCCAGUAUGUGGCAUUGUCGACGUUAAAUGCUUUGGAUAGCAAUUGGUCAGAAGCAGAACAGGUGAGGAAAGCCAUGACAGAAGCUGGAAUUCGGAAAAUACCUGCUUACAGUGUGCUUUCUUAAGGCUUAAAAAGUAAGAAGUCCACCCAUAUGAGCUUCCUAUAAAAUUCGUUGGUAAAGAAGAUUAAGAACUUAUUUGAAAACUCAUGUCAGCACAUCAGCUUCCACCAAGAACUCUCUUAGCCUUGGCGGGAACAAGAUCUCAAAGUAGGCUUUGAUGUCUCCUCUUUUCAAAGGUUCAUUUACUGUUUGAGAUCACAAUCUCCUGACUUGGUUUUACGAUACCCAGAACCGGGACUGUUAGGUUCCUCCUGUCCAGAGUUGUGUCGCUAAUGGUUAAAGCAUCUAUAAGAGAGACUUCCUUCUUGAAAAUCAGAUGAGGUGAAAUAGCCUGAUUUUCCGGAGGCAGCCAAAUCUGAGUUGGUCCUUGCAAAGGAGGGCCUAUCUCCUUCACUGAGAUUGCUUUUUCUUAC